UUUGUGUAUGUCAUAACUCAUAAUAGUCUCAGCCUAACUUUGUUUCAAGCCUUCUAUCUUCGCUACGUAAACUGUUGCAUAGCAUUCAUCACAAAAACACCAAGCAAACAAACAAAGAGCCAUGGGAAGAAAGCUUGAUGCUCUCCUUGGCCGGAAAUCGAAGACCUCUAAGCUUAAAAACACCUUAAAUCUCGCCAUUUCCCACCUCGCUAUUCUCAAUAACCACCGCCGUGCUAGGUUCACCAUAGCGUACUCCGACCUUAUUCAACUCCUCCAUCUUAAUCAUCACGAACAAGCCCUCCUUCGGGUUGAGCAAGUGAUUAAGGACCAGAACAUGUUGGAUGUGUACGCUAUGGUAAAUGGCUAUUGUCUUCUUCUCAUACAAAGGAUCAACCUCAUAGACCAAGCAAAUGAUUGCCCAGAAGAACUAAAAGAAGCAGCAUCAAGCAUAUUAUACGCUGCUCCAAGAUGUGGGGAGUUCCCCGAGCUCCAAGAGAUUCGUCGAAUAUUAACAACUUUAUUUGGGAGGGACUUUGCUGAUGGUUCUAUUGAUUUACGAAGCAAUUGUGGAGUUAAUCAAAAGAUAAUACAAAAACUGUCACCAAAACAAUCGAGUUUGGAGUGCAGACUAAAAACACUAACAGAAAUCGCUAAGGAGAAUAGUAUUGUUCUGCAACUAGAGAAAACUUAUCCAGAAAUCAUAAAGGAGAAAUUGGUCACUGAAAAGAAGCCAAGUCAACUUAAAUCAGAAGCAACAGUUCUGCCAAAGAAAAUUGAAAAGGUCUUGAGUUUGUCAGAGUCAAUGAAAAAGUACAUGGAUGUUGAAGAAGCGGCACAAGAUGCUUUUGAAUCAGCAGCAUAUGCAGCGGCUGCCGCCAGAGCAGCAGUAGAACUCGUCCGCUCAGAAUCAUUUGAUUCUGUUGAUCUAGAUAGUCCCAAUUCUCGGCCCAAAAAGAUGCUUAAUUCUGAGUCCAUGAAGUCAAAACUUCACACGAGUGACUUCGAUCGAAUUGGGUAUGAGAAUGGAUCCUCAACUCCAAGAUACGAUUCAGAAUCCGAAUAUGAAGAUGAAAGAUCAAAAUACAACAUGAAAGCGGAAGAAAUAAAUGAUUUAUAUCCAGAUAAUUAUUCGGAUGAUGAGGAUGAUAGUAUAAAGUCAGUCAACAAGAAGAUGGUUUUUGAUAAAAUGAUUAAAAAUGAAGAAAUGGAGUUUCCAGCUAGAAAUGCACAUUUCUCAUCUUAUAAGCAGUUUCCAGCCAGGCAUCAAGCUAACCCAAAGUCAGGACUAGAUCCAGAAAACCCAGAAUCUCAUUUUGGUAAAGUGUUGAAAAUGCAUGGGGUGCAACAACUAGACAUAGAAAAUAACGUAAAUUUUACAAGGCCAAAACGAUUGUAUGGGCGAUAACCAGCUAGCAAAUGUAUUGUAGUUUUGUAUGUGUAGACGUGUAGUCGGCCUUAUGCAUAUUGGUUUCUUUCGUUUUUAGGUUUGUCUAUAUAUUUUGACCAUUGUUAUAACUAAUGAAAGGUACAAGAUUUUUGUUUAAA